AAGCGUGUUUUCCCUGGUGUAACCUUAGCACACGUAUCUGGUAACCUGACUGAAUGAGCCCUAUGGCUUUUCAAUUGUCUGUUUGGUGCUACAGAGUGAGGAAGAGACUGCAUUAUACUUAACAUCUCACUACAGUUGAGGCUCAAAGAACGGCUAGCGAGAAUGCCUGUGGGGAAAAGAGACCGUCCUUCCUCAGCAUCAGGACGGAUAGAAACUGUUCCCAGCUUCCUCUCUGAGCUGGUGUGUCCAGAGGAGGGAAGCCCCUUUGGACCAUGGUCCCUCGGAAUGUCCAGUGGCCCAGAACAGCCCCCAGAAUGGAUGCAAAGAGAGCUUCUGAAACAGAACCCGCGCAGGCACUCCCUUCACCUGGGAGAACCGGCCCACGGGAGGACAGCACUGGGUCACGAAGCUAAUCCAAACCACACAUCCCACAACCUGGAGGUACUGUGUCUGGAAGAAGUCGAGUUUGAUGUGUUUGAUGCCAGUGUGCUGCUUUACCUGAGUGGUGUGGCAUGGAUUGACCAGAAGGUCUCUCUUGAGAGCCUCCAGAAGCUGAAGCUGGCGUUCGAGGAAUAUGAAAUGGAAGGUUUAAGGUCUCUAGAUGAGAGGAGUUUUGGACUCAUAUUGAGGAAGUGCUUGGGUCUGCACAAUACAAGCAAUUCACAGAUUCAAGACUUGUUCAUGAAGAUUGAUUACAUGAGGCAGGGGAAAAUUGCAUGGGAUGAGUUCUGCACUUACAUGCAGCUGGAGUACAGCAAGCGAGAGGAGUGUGCACUCCGCAGGAAGCAGGCAGCAUUCUCUCUGCCGGCCAAGGUCAAGCCCUUCACCCACGGGGAGCCCGUCCUGAGGAUCCGCACCGUUUCCGACGGCACUGUGGUGACCUUACACGAGGACGGGUCCGUGCAGUACUGGAGCCCUGAACUCCAACUCCAGAAGUCCAAAACAAGCUUUCACGCUGGUCCGUAACCUCUCUCCACCACCCCGUCAUCCAGGGACCGAGAGAUCCGACUUUAUGAGCUCUCGACUCUGGAGGCUUACUGCCAGAUUAGCGGCCUAGAGACACUGCCUCUGAUGUUAGACUACUGCCUCACAGGAGCUGAUGAAUGCUCCAUCCUGUACGGAGACUGCCAAGGAUGCGUGAAUAUCAUAUUAAUGUCCUCCGUAGGGGAAACACUAAGAUUAUGGAAGAACCUACCAAAAACAGAGAAUGUGCCCACCAUCACACUGGAGCAUGCAACAAUGUCUUCAAACGUGACUUUCAUCCGAUGGAAGGUUCACCAAGACUGGGUUACAAAGGUGAAGUAUUUUCCAAACUUCUCUGCGGUUGUGUCUUCAUCCAAUGACGAGGCCUCCUCUGUCGUCAUAGGCUGUGUGCAGCCUUCCACCAACGUGGAGCAGAAGAUUAAGGAGAUCACAGAGGGCAUCAGCGAAGGCAAGGCCAAGAAGGUCCAGCUCAACUGGACGCCCCAACCUCGGCUGGCCUGCGACCAGACCGUCUUCAGCGCCUACAAAGGCGUGAAGACAUACGACCUUUGUAAGAAACACGACUUGCUGGUGACCGGUGGCAUGGACCGACUCGUGCGCUUGUGGAACCCUUGUGUCCCUGGGAAACCCACUGGCAUUCUGAAAGGCCACGCUGCCCCUAUUUUCUACCUGUGCAUUUCCUCAGAGGACGGUCAGAUCUUCUCCGUCUCGAUGGACACCACUGUGAAGAUCUGGGAUAUCGAAGAUCAGUCUUGCGUGUUUAACACUCAGCCCAAAGCCAGCCUUAUCCACGGUGACCUGUCUGCAUGUCUGUACUCACCCUGCAUGAAAACCAUCUUCAUCGCUGCCGACCACAUGUGUCUGCUCUCCCUUAAGACAAGGCGAAGAAUUCCGGGUCAUGUGAUCGCGUCCCACGGCGAGCCGGUGAUGUGCUGCGGCUACAGUGAGCAGCUACGCAAGGUUGUGAGCUGUUCUGAGGGCUCGGUGAUUAAAGUGUGGGAUUUCGAUACCGGACGCCAGGUCUUUGAAUUCGGGGAAGCACACGGAACCUCAGCUGUUACAUGCAUGACCUUUGACCCCCAAGGGAGGAGACUGAUCACUGGAGGUAGAGAUGGCUGUCUCAAGAUUUGGAACUUCAACAAUGGCCAAUGUCUGAAGAUACUCAAAAGGGAAGGUGAAUGCCAGGAAAUAUGUGACUGUGCUUAUCUGACAAUCCACAGAAAUGUCUAUGUUAUAUCUGCUGGCUGGAACCGCAUGAUUGACAUUUUCCCUGACUCUCCUGAGGAUCCCCGUCUGCUGACGAGCCCACAGCCGGCCUGGCCCGAUGAUCUGAGGGGGGGGCACAGGGAGGACAUCCUCUGCCUGGCCCAGUGCCCCCCGGCCCUGCUGGCCACGGGGAGCUACGACGGGGAGAUCCUGGUGUGGAACGGCGUCUCCGGACACAUCCAGUGCCGCCUCCGCAGCCUCGUCCCGGCCAAUCAGAGCCCCGCGCAGGGACUGGACCCCAGCGUUCUGACUCUAAUCUUCCUCCGGAGCGCCACAUCCAACACAGAGCACCCCUGCGUGAGGGGGCUUCUGUCCUCCGGGACAACGGGCUACGUAAACUGCUGGAAUGUGCAGAACGGAGGCCAACUCAUGUGUUGUUUUAAGGCGUCUGAACGCCAGGUCACAAAGCUGAGCCCUGCAGCAGACAGCACGGUUCUGUUCGCUGCCGACCGGGUCGGGUACAUCUCCGUCUACAACGUGCGGACCCUCAGCCAGGACCACCAGCCUCUAAGAGAAAACUUUUGGCGCGCCCACACCAGCACUAUAACCGGAUUGCAGAUUGUGGGGUACGGCCGAAUGCUGCUCACCUCCUCCACAGACUGCACGGUUCGCCUCUGGAGCACCCAUGGAGAAUUCAUCGGGACCUUCGGCCAGGCGGACAGCUGGAACCUCCGUAUCACCGCCUCCUGGGGGCACCCCACGGUCCCCCAUGAGAUCCUGGUGGAUCCCCUCAGCAUGCCGGACCACCCCGUCCUCCGAGCAGACCCGGGUGCCCCCCGCCCCGCUGACCCCCGGCACGCACACCCCGGCGUGGCGCCGCUCAAGCAGCCCGAGUCCCAGCCUCAGCCCUCAUCCAUCAGUGACAAAGACAUUGAAAAAGAAAUGAAUGGUUUAUUGUAUCAAGAGCAACACGGCGUGCGCCUUCGGCAUGAAAUAUUCAAACACAGCAACAAGUCCCCGUCGAGCGCUGGGCAGACGGUGUACCACAGUCUGAAGUGCUUUGACAUCGUGGAGCUACCAGAGAUCUGUGUGAAGCCAAACCCGACCAUAGGUGGUCCCCAGCCCAUCAUAGCUUCCUCCACUGAAGACCUGGAAACAAACCAAACCACAUAACAACAAGGAUAGUGCUUCCCACUCCUUGUUUGUUCUUUCUACAAAGUCUGAUGUUUUAUUGGCCGUUAUGUGGCCUUGUAGUCAAGGGGGAAGAGCGUGGUUAUUGCUACGCACACACGGCUGACUGCAGGCUAGUUCAGGGUCUGGUUUGACAGUUGGGAUGCAAAGAAGUUUUGCUGUAGAUGGAAUAAAAACACAAUUUGUGCUGAUAAGGGGAGUUGGGGGACAGAAAGGAUGACCUCAUCUCCCAGAGCCCCUCAGGGUUGAUAUAACUGUGGUUUUGUUGGUUGUGGUUUUAGGGACUGGUGUAGAUGAGAAGUGGGAGUGAGUGUUUAUUUAAACAGACGCUUGUCCACAGUCGAAGGAUGAGCAUAAUUCAAUGCAUAAACAAAUAAAUUCAUGAAUAAACAAAUACAUUUGAGACCUAUCAUCCAUGGGGAUAAUUGGUCUCACAAUAACUUUAUGUUCUGAAAUAAGUUUUCUAUUCAAAUGACUGAGCUUGAGUGUGAUGGGGUCGUUACUCGUCUGAUACAGUAUUGAUUGUCUUUUUUUGUUGCUCUAUUGAUUACAGUCCUAAAAUGGAGGGUUCAUUCAAUUCAUUAUCAUUGCACUGAUGAACUAGAUUCCCGGGUGCUGGCCUAGUUAGUGGGUUCUGCACCUGCUGAAUAACUGAGUUGUUUUUUUGUUGGUUCAUUGGCUCUUUAAAUAGCUUAUAACAAUUUAGGGUUAGUAGAGUAAAAUGGGACGUGGACACCUACAUUUUCUGAUUCUAUAAUUCCAUAGUAUGCACAUUCAUUCCUGCAUGCAAAAUGACUUCGAAAACCGCCAUGUCUAGUUUACUGCGAUUAAUUAUUCAUGGUUUUACCAUUUAUGUUAUCAUGUGUCAGAGAUUUCUUGGUGAAGGGAAACAAUUGUCUAAAACAUCUUUGGUGAAAUUAAAAGUCUGUAAGUAUCAUUAUUAAAGUAUCUAAAAAAAUGUAUACGGGUUAUAAAUAUGUUGGUGUGUGGAUGUGAUGACACUCCAUAUCCAUAUUAAAAACAAAACGUUCCUGGUAUAAACCAGCUUUUAUUUGUAGGUUGGUGGGU